AUGGAUUAUGUUUCAAAAGGUGAUUCAUCACGAUAUCAAUCAGAUAAAAGAUAUUCAAAGGGUUCUGCUCGUUCAAAGGGUUUAGUCACUAGUGGUAUCUCAAAUCAAGGUGAAAAUGUUAGCAAAUCAAACAGAGUUUGUUACAAUUGCAAAGGUGAUCACAGCAUAUUUUAUUGUUCGGACUUCUUGAAAUUAUCAGUACAAGAGCGAUUCAACAAAGUCAAAUCGCUGCAAUUGUGCCUGAAUUGUUUAAGAAAGGAACACACGUCGCGUGACUGCAAAUCUUCUGGAUGCAGGCUAUGUCACAUUAAGCAUAACACGCUUUUACACACAAAUCAAAAUGUUUCAGUAUCAGUAACCCAAGUUGAUGAGAUCAAUGAUACACACAAUGAAUCCAAUGAGGUCAAGGUAGGUGCCACCCAAUGCACUCUAGUAGCAGCACAGAAUGCCUUACUUGCCACAGCACAGGUGGAUGUCACAGACAAGAUAACCUCAAUGGUUCCUGACAAUAAUAUUCCUAUUCAACAUUUCAAUUUACCAGUCAACAUCAAACUGGCAGAUCCAGAAUUCAAUGUUACACGAAAUAUUGACAUUUUAAUCGGUGCAGAUGUUUUUUGGCAAAUCUUAGAGAGUGAACGCAUCAACAUUAGUAAAGAUUUACCCAUUUUGCAAAAUACCAAAUUAGGUUGGGUCCUCGCUGGUCCAUUAUCCAUGCCAGUCACAAAAACUCAAUGUCAUUUGUCAGUAACAGAUCCUUUACAGAAUCAGUUAAGAAAGUUCUGGGAGCUGGAAGAAAUCCCAUUUGAUUCCCCGGCUUGGUCCCCAGAAGAGCGUUUAUGCGAAAAACAUUUUAUUGAAAAUCUGCAAGUUUUAGAAAACGGACGUUUCAUGGCGUCAUUGCCAUUCAAAGAAUCUCCAGACAAGCUGGUUAUUAGACCGCCUGCACAGCCAUUUUCUACUAGAUGGAGCAAAGAAUAUAUCAGCGAACUGCAACAGCGCUGUCGUUGGAAGCAAACCCGAGGAGAUCUACAGAUAGAACAGCUAGUGCUAAUGAAAGACGACAACGCCCCUCCAGCCAGUGGCGUCUUGGAAGAGUCAUUCAGCUGUCACCUGGCACCGACGGCGUCCCCCGAGUUGCAUCGUUGA